UUUGAAAACGUUGGCGGCUGAGGAGGUUCUAACUAUAAAGACUAGACGACUUUCCACGCUGUAAAGUUACCACAAAUUCCCCUUACUACGAUGCAGAAUAAGGAAAAUUACGAGCCCAGAGGUCUCCAGAGACCGUUUGCAACCCCAAGUAUGGUGGCAGGCCCCCAGCGUGUUCUGGUGAAGCCACGAGUAGAGACAAUCAGAAAUGCUGUCACAGGCCCCGGAAGAGAAUGUGUUAGCGCAGCCUCCAGCUCAGUUUCAAAGAAAAUUUCCAUUGACGACUUCGACAUCGGUCGACCACUUGGAAAGGGCAAAUUUGGCAACGUGUACCUUGCAAGAGUGAAGGAGCUGCAAGCUAUUGUGGCGCUGAAGGUGCUGUUCAAGUCACAGAUGGAGAAGGAAGGUGUGGAGCAUCAACUCAGGAGGGAGAUUGAGAUUCAGGCCCAUCUCAAGCACCCCAACAUCCUUCGCUUCUACAAUUAUUUCCACGACCGCAAGAGGGUGUUCUUGGUGCUUGAGUACGCCCCCCGUGGUGAAAUGUACAAAGAGCUACAGAGAUGUGGAAGGUUUGAUGACCGGCGUACUGCCACGUACAUGGAGGAGAUAUCUGACGCUCUAAUGUAUUGCCAUGAGAAGAAAGUGAUUCAUCGUGACAUCAAGCCAGAGAAUCUGCUCCUCGGUUAUCGUGGAGAGCUGAAGAUCGCUGAUUUUGGCUGGUCCGUUCAUGCACCUUCUCUCAGACGUCGCACCAUGUGCGGGACACUUGACUACCUUCCUCCAGAGAUGAUUGAGGGCCACACUCACAGUGAGAAGGUGGACUUGUGGUGCAUUGGAGUCCUUUGCUACGAAUGCUUAGUCGGCAACCCACCUUUCGAAACUGCCAGCCAUUCAGAGACCUACAAAAGAAUUAUGAAGGUGGAUUUGAAGUUCCCUAAAGUCAUCUCUGAUGGUGCACGGGACCUGAUCUCCAAGCUGCUUCGCCACAACCCCAUCGAUCGCCUCUCUCUACAGAGUGUCAUCGACCACCCGUGGGUGCGCUCCAACUCUCACCGGCUCUUGCCUCCAACCUGCCCAGCUAAGAAAUCCUGAGACCACCCUAGAAGCCUGCUGACUUUCCUCUGAGGGGUGUUUUAUCUGUCCACCACAAGAAACUAUAUAUAUAUAUAUAUACUAUGUACACACAAGGAUAAGUACAAAAGGUCUGUCAUUUGAAAAGCUGGAACUUGAGAAUAUGAAGAAUAUUUUGCUUCUCUUGCUUAAAAAUGACUCCAAAUAAUAGAUCAUCAAAUAGUUGCAGUUUUUUUUUCUUCUAAUUCUCUACUGCUCCAACUCUAGUAUGCAUGUGUACCCACUUUUGUUUUUUAAAUGUUGUAAAGUGUGAUGUCAGUAUCUAUGUCUAGUACUUUCACAUUGAGUUGUUUGUAUUUUUAUUGUUAUUUCUUUACUGAAAGGUUUUUAAUUGGAGAUGGCUCUGUUUUGGAUUUCUCUUUUGGAUGGUGUAGACACCAAAGUACUACUGUUUGACUGCCUCAAUCUGAGUAUAUUCUCAAAUAGUUUAAGAUGUGUUUGGGCUUUGGGUUGGGAGGCAUGUUUUAUUCUCCCUCAAGCUAUACUUUCAAUUUCUAAUAAAUAUUCUGAAAAGA